AGAUCCCUUCCACCAUGUUAUCUCUUCUAUCAUGAUCUGACCCAAUCCGACCGCAACGGACGCUGAUGGAGCGAAAGUAUCGUUCAACUAUAAUUUGCUGUUUAUUACAAAUUGCGAAAUAUAUGUUUAGCUGGCUUAGGGAUUAUAUUUAUUUUGUUGAGUAUGGAUUACAAUGAUGAGCAGAUCAAUGAGAUUGAAGCGUUGGAGUCGAUUUAUUGCGGCGAAUUGGAGAUUUUAGCGACGGAACCGUUUUAUACAUUUGCUAUACCAAUUAAAACAGAAGAAUAUGAACCAGAAACUGGCAACGGUCUCAGUUGUCGAUUAGAAUUUACAUAUACAGCCAAAUAUCCAGAUGAGCCACUGCUUAUAUCAAUUACGGAGCAAGAAAAUUUUGAGGAUGGCGACGAGAAAUUGAAGGCACACCUGAUAGAACAAAUGAAUGAAAAUCUUGGAAUGGUAAUGGUUUUUACGUUAGUUAGUACAGCUCAAGAAUGGCUUAAUGUACAAUGGGAUAAAAUAAAACUCAAGAGAGAAGAGAAUGCUGCACUAAAGCUGAAAGAAGAAGAAGAAGCAGAAAGGAAACGAUUUGAGGGAACUCGUGUAACAGUGGAAUCUUUUCUAAAUUGGAAAGAAAUGUUUGAUGAAGAAAUGGGCUAUACAAAACGGAAAGAAUUGACAGAUCGUGAGGGCAAAAAAUUAACAGGCAGAGAAUUAUUUAUGACUGAUAAGACACUGGAUCAAUCAGAUCUUAAAUUUUUAGAUGAUGGUGAUGCUGUUAAAGUAGAUGAGAGUUUGUUCCAAAAUCUGGACGACUUAGAUUUAGAUGAUGAUGAAGAUGAUCCAGACUAUGAUCCAAAUAUCUCGGAUGAUAGUGCCUAAACAAGUUUGAUUCAAUAGCUACCAAAAUAAU